UUGUUUUUUCAAAUUUUAUAUUUUUAAUUUCUGCCGUGGUUCGUGUGUUCGAAUUCGUGAAGCUCGUCCCUGGUCCGUCGUGGUGGUUCGUCUUCGUGCCGUGCCUUUGUGAGCUCGAGUUCCGUCCGACGUCGGUGGUGUGCGCAUCAUCUUCAGAAAACCUAAAAUUAGAAGUGAGUCUCGGGAAGAUGUCGAUCUUCGAGUACAAUGGAAGUGCCCUAGUGGCUAUGGUGGGUAAGAACUGCUUCGCCAUCGCCAGCGAUCGGAGGCUGGGUGUUCAGCUUCAGACUAUCGCCACUGAUUUCCAGAGGAUAUCCAAGAUUCACGACAAGCUUUUCAUUGGUCUUUCUGGCCUCGCCACUGAUGCCCAGACAUUGUAUCAACGGCUCGUCUUCCGGCACAAAUUAUACCAGCUUCGGGAAGAGAGGGAUAUGAAGCCCGAGACAUUUGCUAGCUUAGUCUCUGCUAUUCUGUACGAGAAAAGGUUUGGCCCAUACUUUUGCCAGCCUGUAAUUGCUGGAUUAGGAGAUGACGAUAAGCCCUUUAUUUGCACCAUGGAUUCAAUUGGAGCAAAGGAGCUUGCAAAAGAUUUUGUUGUUGCAGGCACUGCAUCUGAGUCUCUUUAUGGUGCUUGUGAGUCAAUGUUUAAGCCUGACAUGGAACCAGAGGAAUUAUUUGAGACCAUCUCCCAAGCACUGCUUUCAUCUGUUGAUCGUGACUGUUUAAGUGGCUGGGGUGGACAUGUCUAUGUUGCUACGCCCACAGAAGUAAAGGAAAGGAUCUUGAAGGGACGAAUGGAUUGAAUUUCAAGCCACCCAAUGACCCAUUUCAUAUCAUCAUGUUGUCUGCUUAGUUCAGGAGCUGUAUGGAGGAGAUCAUUUACGGCCCCUUUAUGUCAAUGGGUACCUUUUUAUUGUGGCACUUUAAAAGGAGGCUCGGGAUCGUUUAGCCUGGUCUCGCAUGUUAUGAAUGAAAUUAUCAAGUGUUCAGAUUUGUUUUAGUGGGUACCCUUUGUCCUUAUUAGAUGUGUCAUCAAAAUGAUGAGAUUGAGACCCUCUAAAUUUAGCUUCGAUUAUUCUGA